CUCCCUCACCAACUUCCAGUCCAACUCUCCAUCCAUUCUCCACUCUCCAUCCAUUCUCUAGCCUCCAUUAUCCACUCCCUAUUCCCCGCCUCAUUCCACACAAACAAGCACAUUUCUAACGCACGCAAAACCUCUUUCCUCCCAUCCAUUCCUUCUUCUCGACCAUAUCUUAUCUUAUCUUGUAAAACGAUAAAUAUCUAUAUAUUGUAAAUAUAGGAUACAAAAAUUACCUAUCUAUCUACCUAUCUAUCUCUAUAUAUAUCCGUAUAUGGCUGACCAUCCCCCUUCACACGUGCAUGGCGGCGACCGGCAAACUCCAUCCCAACCACCUGAACGGCAGCCCGCUUUUGUACAGGGCGCCAAUGCACCGCAGCCCGAGCCCCCUCCACCUUCCCCGACCCGUGGCCACAUAGGAACCCACCGCCCGAGCUACCGCGGCGUGCGAUCGCGGAGCGGCAAGUGGGUGUCGGAGAUCCGCGAGCCCCGCAAGGCCAACCGCAUCUGGCUCGGCACGUUCCCCACCGCCGAGAUGGCGGCCGUCGCCUACGACGUCGCGGCGCACGCGCUUCGGGGUGCCGACGCGGUCCUCAACUUCCCCGACGAUAUCUCCUCCCGCCCGACUCCUGCGUCGGUCUCGCCGUCAGAUAUACGCGCUGCGGCCGCCGCAGCUGCCGCGGAGCUGCUGCCGAGGCCGGAGAGGCAGGAGGACGUGGCGGCGGCGGGGGGAUCGCGGGCUCCAGGGAGCAGCGAAGCGGGGGGAAGUAGCGGGUCUGGACAGAGAAAGGAGGGUGAGUUUAUCGACGAGGAGGAGAUCUUCGGCAUGCCCAACCUGUUGGCAAACAUGGCAGAGGGGAUGCUCAUGAGCCCGCCGAGGCUGAGCCCGACUGGUUCCGAUGACUCGCCGGAUGCUUCGGAGGGGGAGAGCCUAUGGAGCUAUCCAUAAACUAGCAGGCCGAUCGUUAUAGAUGGAGAGACUAUAUUUUGAGUGAGGAGGAACAAGGAGAGGAAAGAGGGGCAGCUGCGUUUUCUCAUUAACAAUCGCUGUAGACCUUUUUGGAGUGGCUGCUAUGGUUUCAGUGCGUGAGAACUACUUGAGGUCUAAUAUUAGUGUAUGAGCUGUUUGUGUCAUUAUAUAUGGUUGAUGAUGCUUUCCUGGUACCUGUAAUAGUAUUUAUAAAAUUAAGUAUUACUUUUUCUACGGUA